AUGGGCAGGAACGAGCUUGAGAUCUUCGGUGGCAGAAAGGGCUGGAAAGCUUCGGAUUGGACAUCGAGUGACGACCGUGUACGCGGCGGCUCAUCCCAGUCUUACCUCACCAUCAAAGGCACAACCGCGUCCUUCCACGGCACCCUAGACAUCACCACGCUCGGUGGCGCCGGCUUCGCCAGCCAGCGUACCACCGGCGAUGACCGUUCUUGGGAUCUCUCUGGCUUCGACGGUUUGCAUCUGCAGCUGGGUAAGCAUGACGGUAAAAAGUACACCUUGACACUCAAGGACGAAAUCUUACCCCUCAUGCCCGAUGGCCGCGAGCAAUCAACUAUUAGCUAUGAGUAUGUGUUUAGUUCGGCGGGUGCGGAUGGGCUGUUUGUGCCGUGGCAUGCGUUCAAAGCGACAUAUCGUGGCAAAGAGAAGAAGGAUGCAAAGCCGUUGAACACCAAAAGUGUAAAGAGAUGGAGUAUUAUGAUGAGAAGCUUCUUUGGCAGUCAACAGGGUGACUUCUCGUUAGAGAUCAAGUCGGUCAAGGCUGUAAAACAGUCGACUGACCUGGAAAAAGGCGAGGUGGCUGGAGUUGGCGAACCUUGGUCGUGGAAAAAUUCGAAUUUGGUGGGGUUGGCGCUCAUCCUUUCGUCAACAUGGGCCGUCAGCUGGGCGUUCUGCUGGUGGAAGGGUUAUGACAUGGGUAUUAUGAGGCCGGCGAGGUGGUGGUCUAUUGUGAGAAGGUAG